GGCUGGAACUGGGACUGGAGUCAGGGCUCCCAGGAGUGGGAGCGCAUAAGCUCUCAAGUGCUGGGACCCCUGAGGCUGGGGAGGGAUUCCAGCUCCACUGCCCACAGACACUGGGCUGAGUGGGGGCUAGGAUAGGGUGUCUGCCCCCCCGUGGGGGGGGCAGGACAGGGCCCCAGGCCUGGGUGCUUCCUGGCACCUGGAAGAUGCCUGUGCCCUGGUUCCUGCUGUCCUUGGCAUUGGGCCGAAAUCCCAUGGUCGUCUCUCUGGAGAGGUUUGUGGGGCCUCAGGAUGCUGCCCGCUGUUCUUUGGGCCUCUCCUGCCACCUCUGGGAUGGUGAUGUGCUCUGCUUACCUGGGAGCAUCGUGUCCACCCCAGGCCCUGUGCUGGUGCCCACGCGCCUGCAGACAGAGCUAGUGCUGAGGUGCCACCAGGAGACAGACUGUGACCUAUGUGUACGUGUGGUUGUCCACUUGGCCGUGCAAGAGCAUUGGGAAGAGCCUGGAGAGGAAGAAAAAUUUGAAGGAGCAGCUGACCUGGAGCUUGAGGAGCCUAUGAAUGCCUCUCUGCAGGCCCAAGUCGUGCUGUCCUUCCAUGCCUACCCUACUACCCGCUGUGUCCUGCUGGAGGUGCAAGCGCCUGCUGCCCUGGUGCAACCUGGUCAGUCUGUGGGCUCUGUAGUCUUUGACUGCUUUGAGGCUGCUGUGGGAGCUGAGGUACGAAUCUGGUCCUAUACUCAGCCCAGGUAUCAGAAAGAACUCAACAUCACAGAGCAGCUGCCUGACUGCAGGGGGCUGGAAGUCCGGGACAGCAUCCAGAGCUGCUGGGCCCUGCCCUGGCUCAAUGUGUCUGCAGAUGGUGACAGUGUGCUCCUGGUGCUGGCCGUUUCUGAGGAGCAGCACUACAGCCUCUUACUGUACUGGAAUCAGGUCCAAGGUCCCCCCAAGCCCUGGUGGCACAGAAACCUGACUGGACCACAGACCAUUACCUUGAACCAUACAGACCUACUUCCCUGCCUCUGUAUUCAGGUGUGGCCCCUGGAGCCCGACUCUGUUAGGACCAGCUUCUGCCCCUUCAAGGAGGACCCCCGCGCGCAUCGAAACCUCUGGCGCGCCACUCGGUUGCGGCUGCUGUCCCCGCGGACCUGGCGGCUAGACGCGCCCUGCUCGCUGCCUGCGGAGGUGGUGCUGUGCUGGUGGACACCGGAUGGUGGCCCCUGCCAGCCACUUGCCCCGCCCUUGCCCCAGGAGAAUGUCACUGUGAAUAAGGCCAACGAGUUCCCGUUGCUGAAAGGCCACCCCAAUAUCUGUGUCCAGGUGAGCAGCUGGAAGAAGCUGCAGCUCCAAGAGUGCUUGUGGGCUGACUCACUAGGGCCCCUCAAGGAUGAUAUGCUGCUAGUGGACACACGAGGCCCCCAGGACAACAGAUCACUCUGUGCCUUAGAACCCAGUGGCUGUACUCCCCUGCCCAGUCGGGACUCCACGAGGGCAGCUCGCCUUGGAGAGCAGUUAAUACAAGAUCUGCAGUCAGGCCAGUGUUUGCAGUUGUGGGAUGGUGACCUGGGAGCACUAUGGGCCUGCCCCAUGGACAAGUAUAUCCACAAGCGCUGGGUCCUGGCGUGGCUGGCCUUCCUUCUCUUUACUGCAGCGCUGAUCCUCUUCCUCCUUUUAAAAAAGGAUCGCGUGAAAGUGGCCGCUAGGGGCCGCGCGGCUCUGCUCCUCUAUUCCGCUGAUGAUGUGGGCUUCGAGCGCUUGGUGGGCGCGCUGGCAUCGGCGCUGAGCCAGCUGUCGCUGCGUGUGGCCGUAGACCUGUGGAGCCGCCGUGAGCUCAGCGCUCAGGGUCCCCUGGCCUGGUUGCACGCACAGCGGCGCCAGACCUUGCAGGAGGGCGGUGUGGUGGUCCUGCUCUUCUCGCCUGGGGCCGUGGCGCUGUGCAGAGAGUGGCUGCAGGACGGUGCAGCUGCGGCCCCAGGGGCUUACGGCCCGCACGACGCCUUCGCCGCCUCGCUCAGCUGCGUACUGCCAGACUUCUCCCAAGGCCGGGCGCCGGGUCGCUACGUCGGGGCCUGCUUCGACAGACUGCUCCACCUGGACGCUGUACCCGACCUGUUCCGCACAGUGCCGGUCUUCUCACUGCCCUCCCAGCUGCUGGACUUCGCAGGCGCCCUACAGGGGCCCAGCGCCCCACAUCCCCGGCGGCUGGAGGAGUGGGCGGAGCAAGUGUCCCAGGCCCUGCAGCCCGCUCUGGACAGCUGCUUACAGUUCCCGGGAGCCCCGGAGCUGAGGCGUGGGAUGGAGCCUGGGGCGGGGAACUGGAUUUGAAUAAAGGCAGACGCUAUUUUUCUAUCGUCACUA